GUGGCUGGCAACACCUGCAACCAAAUUCCUUUUUCCGGCUCUCUGUGUCAAAUAAAGCCACAGCAUGAAGCAGAUAGUAGCAAACCAAAAAGUGAAGAUCCCUGACGGACUCACUGUCCAUGUGAAAUCGCGGUUGGUUACUGUGAAAGGGCCGCGCGGUGUCUUGAAAAGGAACUUCAAGCACUUGGCUGUGGACAUUCGCAUGGUGAACCCUCGCCUUCUGAAGGUGGAGAAAUGGUUCGGUUCAAAGAAGGAACUCGCAGCUGUGAGAACUGUCUGCUCGCACGUCGAGAACAUGAUUAAAGGUGUAACCAAGGGAUUCCAAUACAAGAUGCGUGCAGUAUAUGCUCACUUCCCCAUUAACUGCGUAACUAUUGAGGGAAACACUACUAUUGAAAUCCGUAACUUCUUGGGCGAGAAGUACAUCAGGAGGGUAAAGAUGGCACCAGGAGUGACUGUUGUCAACUCUCCCAAGCAAAAGGAUGAGCUGGUAAUUGAAGGAAACUCCCUGGAGGAUGUCUCUAGUUCGGCUGCCCUCAUUCAACAAUCUACCACUGUCAAGAACAAGGAUAUCCGAAAGUUCUUGGACGGUCUAUAUGUGUCUGAAAAGACUACUGUUCUACAAGAAGAAAUAUAAGGAUAUUGUGUAACAUAA